AUGGAUAGAUCAAACCUUAUUGCUUGUCCUUACCAUUAUCUAGUACCCCUUACGUUCAUUCCCCUUUUCUCAGAGGAAAUUUACUGUGAUGUCUUACCCAUGGAUUUUGCUCAUGUCCUGUUGGGUCGUCCGUGGCUUUAUGAUCAUGAUGUUAAGUAUUUUGGGCAUGAUAACAUUUAUGAGUUUCUUCACAACGGCAAAACUAUUCGACUAUUACCAGCCAAACCCUCGAACCCCCCGAAGAAAGCAACACCCACUCCAAUGCCCAAGGAUGUCAUCGACGCUCGUCUUCAAUUAUUAUCCUUUAAAGAUUUCGAGCAUGAAGGUCAGGACACCAAGCUUAUGUUUGCCUUGGCUGCUAGACCAGGUUCACAAACCACUCUUAAUUCUCACAGUGACUUUUUGCCCGAGGUCACUUCACUGCUCAACGAAUUUAGUGAUGUUAUGCCUAUCGACCUACCUGAUGCACUUACUCCUAUGUGGGAUAUUUAA